AUGACUUUUGCAAAGCCCGCGGACUCUCCUGGCAAUAGCUUCUACCCAAACAGCCCACCCAUGCGGCGUCCCGGGCUGUCAUUUAUUUAUCGUCUCGAAUGCAACAUUGAUCCUGAGGAAAUCAACGUCGGGGCGCCUCAUGGGACUGGGGUGAUGCGAAGUGUUGCAAAUAUUGUCGGCGGUAGCUUUAGAGGACCGUCGAUAUCAGGGACAAUCCUUCCGGGAGGAGCAGACUGGGCAACGGUCAUUGAAGGAACCCACUCUAUGACCCUUGAUGCACAUUACACGGUCAAAACCGACGAUGGCUGUUAUCUCUACGUCCGAGCACACGGCCUCUACCGUCCUGGCCCGGGCACAGAGUAUGCGAAACAGGUCGAGAAGGACCCAGCCCUACGACCCCCUCCCACUGUGACCCAAGACGACGUGGAGUUCUUCUCACACCUGCGAAUCGAAACAGGACCAGGAAAGUACAACUGGUUGAACGGCUUAGUGUGUGUUGGAGUGAUGAGCUGUGAGAACGAUCGCAUCCUGAUCGAUGCCUAUCACUUGACCAAUUUCGAGGGUUCUGAGCCAGAGGACGUGAUGGCACGUACGAACGUCUGUUAA